GACACGGACAAAACAUGUGCACGCCCACCAACCGGCUUUCUUGUUUUUCCUUUCUGUUCUGUUCUCUACUGUUUUAUUAUGCCUUUCCCAAAUCCAACCGGUGGCUGACGCUGACGCUCCAUCGCCGUCGACUCGGUCGCACCGUAUUCGUCCCCCCCCCCCCCCCCCCAACCUCCCUCUCACGACUCUCCCGUGUCCCCCUUCACUAGUUGACCCCGCCGCCUCUCUCUCUCUCUCUCUCUCUCUCUCUCUCUCUCUCUCUCUCUCUCUUAAACGGUAUCACGCGGAUUUUCCCGCAAAAUUGGACCGAGUGUAAAUUCAAACGUAAACAACAAUCAAUCAACCAACAAACAAAACCAUCUUUCUCUUUCUCUCUCCAGGACUUUUACUUCCCGGCCCCAUCUCUCUCUAGAAUCCUUGGUUCCUUCACACCGAAAACACGCCCUUUUUAUUUGAGCCGAAACUCUAUUACCAAACACAAAAUCCUGUCUUUGUUUAUUUCUAGUCAGGGAAUCAGAGUUUGAAGUGAAAAUCUUGGGGAAAUUGGAUUAUAAUUUUGGCGGGAAUGGGGAUGGGGGUUGUAGAUGAAUUGGAAGGAGGAGGGGGGAUAGCGAGGAGGCUGUGGAUCAAAUUCAGGAACGAAUCGGUUUUCGCACUCUACACCCCGUUCGUGGUGUGUUUGGCCUCUGGUGUUUUGGAUCCUCAAUCUUUUCUCCAUUUUGUCUCUCAGGAUAUCUACUAUCUCCAAGCCUUUUCCCACGCGUAUGAGUUGGCCGAAGAAUGCGCAGAUGAUGACGACGACAAAAUUGCGAUCCGGAAUCUGAGAAAACGUGUUUCAAGGAAGCUCAAUACCCAUGAUGAGACUGUCCGAGAGUGGGGCUUCGAACUUCCAAGUGAGAUCGUUUCUGACAAGGCAACAGUCAAGUAUACGGAUUUCUUGCUGGCAAUAGCUUCAGGGAAAGUUGAAGGAGAAAAGUUUCGUGGUAAGAUUGCUACUCCUUUCGAAAAGACAAAACUAGCAGCAUAUACACUUGCUGCUGUGGGACCUUGCUUGAGGCUUUAUGCCUUCAUAAGCAACGAGAUCCUUGCUCUUCAAGAUCCUGAUCAAAGCAAUCACAUCUACAAGAAGUGGUUUAACAGUCUCUCCGCCCAAAGAUUUGAGGAAGCGGCAAUCCAGAUUGAAGACUUACUUGAUAAAUUAAGUGUUUGUUUGACUGGAGAAGAGCUCGAGAUCAUAGAAAAGCUCUAUCAUCGAGCUAUGAAACUUGAAGUAAAGUUCUUUUCUGCUCAACCAAUUCUUCAGCAAACUAUAGCCCCUUUUUCUCAGCCUCAUGAUCCUGCCGAACAAAGUCUUAGCAUAUUUUGUGAUUUUGACAUCACAUGCACUGCAAUUGAUUCCUCUGCCCUUCUGGCAGAGAUGGCAAUUAGAACAGCACCAAAGACUGAUGUGAAUGGAUGUGAGACCCAACUCAGUCGAAUGUGCUCAGCUGAUUUGCUUAGCACAUGGAGUGUUCUUUCCAGCCAAUACACUGAAGAGUAUGAACAAUGUAUCGAAAGCAUCACGGGCGCUGAAAAAGUGGAGGAAUUCAAUUACGAAGGCCUAUGUAGAGCAAUCGAGCAACUAUCUGAUUUCGAGAAAAGGGCUAAUUCAAGAGUGAUCAAGUCUGGUGUACUAAAGGGUUUGAAUCUGGAAGACAUAAAACGGGCUGGUGAACACCUCAUUUUGCAAGAUGGUUGCGAAGGUUUCUUCCAAGAGAUAGUGAAACGUGAAAAUCAGAAGACAGACAUUCAUGUGCUCUCAUACUGUUGGUGUGGAGAUCUCAUUCGCUCGGCUUUUUCAUCACGGGAUUUAAGGGUUCGGAAUGUACAUUCAAACGAGUUGGCCUAUGAAGACUUCAUUACGACAGGUGAUAUCAUAAAGAAGGUGGAGUCUCCUUUAGAAAAGCUUCAAGCCUUCACCGACUACACAAAGGGCAACAACGAAAUUGGCAAGCACUCCACCAUUUACAUUGGAGGUUCAGUGGGCGACUUGCUGUGCCUUCUGAAAGCAGAUAUUGGCAUUGUGGUCAGUUCUAGUUCCAGCCUGAGGAGAGUGGGAGACCAGUUCGGCGUGUCUUUUGUCCCACUCUUCUCCGGGCUAGUGAACAAACAGAAAGAACUGAUUGAAGGCCGGUCUUUGAAUUGGAAGGGGUCUUCUGGCAUUCUUUACACCGUAUCUAGCUGGGCCGAGAUACAUGCGUUCCUUUUGGGGUCAUAGAGAAAAAUCUCUCUCGAUCGCAAACACUAUUUGUAGUUCUACUGAAAAUUUCUAUGCAGUAGGGUGCAUGAAUUCAAGAUGGUGGCUAAUUGUGACUACUAGUCAGCCAUUGUCUAUAUAAUCUAUUUUUGUUGGAGUAACCGCUUUUUAGAGGUUAAGAAUCCUACUAUUUAGGUUAUUAAGGCGGUAAAAGCCCGUCAUUAUUAUUUUUUAUUUUUUCCUUUUUUUAUAAAAUUUUUUAAUCACCCUAGAGUGGUAAGAGUAUGAUCAUCCUGGGGGGUAUUUGUAGGUAACAUUUUAUUUGGAGUGAAAAAUGUAUCUAUUAGCUUCUUUGAAAGGGGAAGUUAGGAUCUUAUCUGCAUAGCAAAACAAGGAGUAUCUGGAUUAUGGGCAUGUAUUCCAUAUGGAUCCCUAUUUGUAUUUUGUUUUUGUUUUUUGUCAAUAAUAUAAACGACUGAAUAAUGUAAUCCACUAGACUGAAAAUGGGGAAUUUGCCCCAUUUUGGAGGUUAUAAAUGGAGAAGUAUUCGUAUGAUUUCAAGUGUC